CAUUCGUACCUACGGUAAAUUUUCUGUGCUGGUAUGGUACAACGGGAGGUGUUUGUUGGCGCAUGAUACUAUUACUAAAUACAUGCAUGCGAAAAUCUGUUACUGGAUUCUUCACUUUUCAAGGCGACUUUUGUUCGUUUUAACAGGAUUACAGAAGCUAGAUGCAGAACAUGGAUUAAUAAUAUCAGUUGAGCCCCUGUAAUAUGACCCUCAUCUGAUCUAAGUCUACAAACUGAAGGAAAAGUACUGAGCAAAACAACCUGGGGAAAAAGGCAAAUCCAUAGAUAAACAUCCCUCCUGUUGCGAUGGCAACCAUGGUAGUAGCUCCAAAGAUACAACCACCCACUAAUGGGGUCUACAUUGUUCAAGGGGAGAUGUUGCUAGUUUCUACAGCCAUGAGGCGGAGCUCCAGAUGGACAUCCCAUUUGCCACAGGAAGAGGAACAGGACCCUUUGCUAGGAAGCUUCUCUCGUCUGAAGGAAAUCUUGAACUCCAUCUCAGAUAUAGCAGAUAUAGAGCCCAAUGUGUUUUUAUGUCCUUUCCUCGAUGUCAUCCGGUCUGAAGACACUACUGGACCAAUCACAGGCUUCGCUCUGUCCUCCAUCAACAAGUUUCUGUCCUAUGGAAUGCUAGACACAUCAGUUGAAGGUGCCACCUCAGGGAUUGAAAACAUAGCGGAUGCCGUCACCCACGCAAGGUUUGUUGGUACAGAUCCAGGAUCCGACGAAGUGGUACUCAUGAAGAUUCUCCAGGUUCUCAGGACUUUACUUCUGACCCCUGUUGGAGCACACCUCUCCAAUGAGUCUGUCUGUGAGAUCAUGCAGUCUUGCUUCAGAAUUUGCUUUGAGAUGAGACUAAGUGAGCUUCUACGCCGAUCGGCAGAGCACACGCUGGUUGAUAUGGUGCAGCUGCUCUUCUCGAGAUUGCCACAGUUCAAAGAGGAGAAACUCUCGGGCAUGAGAAAGUUAAAAAUGCGGCCAGGCGGCAUAACUGACGGAAGUCGCCGCCGCAAAUCCCGUCCCUCUCCCAAAGUCCGUGCCAAGAAGGACCGUCUUGCCACCACACCAACUGACGAGCCCUCCAUGCAAUCAGGGGGGGCCGCUUCUCCGCCGACAUCCAACACCAACGCCUUGGGCCCGACAGUGACUGCACCGGUUACAGCGACAUCUCCAGGAGCAGCAUCCGCUACCAUGUCUGCUGUCACAACCGUCACCCCCGGCACUGCGACCACUGCCUCCUCGGAAGCAAGCCAGUCUCAGGUCAAUCUGCCGUCAACCCUGGACGUACCCUCAGAGGCAGACGAGCAGGCCCUGCCGCCUUCGCCAUCCCUCGACAGUGGCGUGGACAUGAAGGAUUCGCUCUCAGCCGUGACCCCUUCAGAGAGUGACGUCACCCCAACCCAAGGUCAGGUCAUCUCCAUGCAAGGAGAGCAGCAGGAGGAGCCUACAGAGAACAAGAAGGGUGAUGAGACUGACCAGAUUCUUGAUGUGGAACGAUCCGAUUCCUUAGUGGAUGGUACCGAAGACACUGAGUCCAUCACAGAGCAUUCUGACAGUGCCUCCAUGCAAGACUCUGAAUACGUCAAUCCCCAGGGGGUCAGGUUCACACCCCACCACAGGCAUAAAGAUGGCUCGGGGCCCAUUAUACCCUAUGGGCUACCUUGUGUCAGGGAGUUGAUGAGAUUCCUCAUCUCCCUCAUCAAUCCAUAUGACAGGCAUAACACAGACUUGAUGAUGCACAUGGGUCUGAACCUUUUGACCAUCGCCUUGGAGACGGGAUGCGAUCACAUUUCUCAUUUUUCUGCUCUGCUCAGUCUCAUCAAAGAUGACAUGUGCAAGAACCUGUUGGCUCUCCUGCAGGCAGACAGGCUGUCGCUCUUCGCAGCCUCCUUGCGUGUCUGCUUCAUGCUCUUUGAGUCCAUGAGGACCCAUCUCAAGUUCCAGCUGGAGAUGUUCCUGCACAAGCUGAUGGAGAUCAUCAUCUCAGAGUCAGUCCGCAUUCCCUACGAGCAGCGUGAGAUGGCACUGGACUCCAUUGUGCAGCUGUGGCGACUCCCCUGUAUGGUGACAGAACUCUAUCUGAACUAUGACUGUGACAUCUACUGCAGUAAUUUAUUUGAAGAUCUGACCAAGUUGCUGUCCAAGAAUGCCUUCCCAGUCUCGGGGUCUCUUUUCACCACCCACCUGCUCUCACUGGAGGCCCUGCUGGCUGUGGUAGACAGCAUUGAGACUAACUGCCACCACCGCAUCCUGAGCUCCAUGGUGGCUGCCCAGGGCCAUGCCAGCCCCCCGGACAGGGACAAGGCUGGUGAGUCGGCCGUCACCAUCCGUGUCCAGGACAUCUCGGGAAAGGAGGACGGUGACAAGGGGAAGGAGAGAGGAGGGAAGGAUGAGGAUGGAGCCAGGCAGGUCGGAAUGGGCGUGACUCCCCCCACCACAGGCUACGCCAUGGCUCAGGUCAUGUCGGCGAACCGCGACAAAGAGAUAGACGCAAGCAAGUUGAAGGCCUCAGAGGACUUCAUCGAGGGGAGCCCCAACCGACGAGUCAGCCGCUUCCCUCCCUCAGCCAAUCUGCCAUCGCUGGAGCAACUCAUGCAGAUCAAAAAAAAGAAAAAGAUGAUCCAGGCGGGAACAGAACAGUUCAACCUCAAGCCCUCCAAGGGCAUCGCAUUCCUGAUAGAACAGGGCAUCCUACACACCCCGCUGGACCCCCACGAGGUGGCCAUCUUCUUCAAAGAGAACCCCCGACUGGACAAGAAGAUGAUUGGGGAAUACCUCAGCAGGAAGAAGAACGAGAAGGUCUUGGAAGCUUUUUUGAAGUUGUUUGUGUUUGAGGGCACCAGGAUUGAUGAAGCCCUUAGGAUGUACCUGGAAGCCUUCCGACUGCCAGGAGAGGCUCCUGUCAUCCAACAUCUCAUGGAGCACUUCUCAGCCUACUGGCAUAACACCAACCAUCAGCCAUAUGCAAACAGUGACGCUGCUUUUACACUAGCCUACGCAGUCAUCAUGUUGAAUGUGGACCAGCACAACCAUAAUGCCAAGAAGCAGAACAUUCCAAUGAACGUCGAGCAAUUUAAGAAGAAUCUGAGCAAGGUGAAUGGCGGGUCAGAUUUUGAUCAAUCCAUGCUGGAAGAAGUCUUCAAUGCUAUCAAGAGCGAGGAGAUUGUGAUGCCGGCUGAGCAGACGGGCUUAGUCCGUGACAACUACUUGUGGCGUGUGCUGCUGAAGCGAGGGGCCAGUCAGGAGGGUACCUUCCUGCAUGCCCAGUGCGGUGAGCUGGACCGUGAGAUGUUCCUGCUGGCCUGGGGACCCACAGUGGCUGCCCUGUCCUUUGUCUUUGACAAAGGCAUGGAUGACACCAUCACACAGAAGGCUAUCGCUGGAUUCAGGAAAUGUGCAAUGAUCUCAGCCCAUUACGGUUUGACGGACGUGUUCGACAAUUUGGUCAUCUCCCUCUGCAAGUUCACCACUCUUCUGAGUUCCAUGGAGACCCCAGAGAACCUUCCAAUCGCCUUUGGCUCCAAUGCCAAGGCCCACCUUGCGGCCAAGACAGUCUUUGGCUUGGCCCAUCGCCAUGGCGACAUCCUAGCCGAAGGCUGGAAGAACCUCCUGGACUGCAUGCUGCAGCUGUAUCGGGCCAAGCUCCUCCCCAUCGAGAUGGUAGAGGUCCAAGACUUCGUGGAUCCUAGCGGCAGGGUCUCCCUCAUAAGAGAGGAGAUGCAACCAGUCAAGUCUGAUUCGUCCUUACUUGGCUCAUUCUACUCCUACUUCACAACUGCUGAGACAUCUACUCAGAAAGGCCCUACCAAUGAAGAUAAAGAGGCCAUUGAGCAAGCCAGGAGCUGUAUAGAGGAUUGUCACCCAGAGCACCUGAUCACGGAGAGCAAGUUCCUGCGUCAGGAGUCACUGCAGGAGCUGAUGAAGGCCCUGACCUUUGCCUCCCAGGGCCCUCAGGCAGCCGACUCACUGGGGAUGCAGUACGAGGAGGAGGCGGCAGUCUUUAACUUUGAGCUCCUCAUCAGGGUUGUCUUGGAAAACAGGGAUCGGGUCGGUACCCUGUGGCAGGGCAUCUGUGAUCAUCUCUACAGUCUGAUUGUAUCGCAAUCAGAGUACAGCCAGCUGGUUGAGAGGGCCGUGGUGGGCAUCCUACGACUUGCUAUACGCCUGCUGAGGAAGGAAGACAUUGCUGCUCAGGUCUUGACAUCUCUCCGAAUGCUGCUGCUGAUGAAGAAGUCGGUCCUGCAGCGCGUCUGUCGCCAGGUGGCCUAUGGCCUUCACGAGCUGCUACGCACCAACGCUGCCAACAUCCACUCCUCCCAGGACUGGUAUACGCUCUUUGCUCUGCUGGAGUGCGUUGGGGCUGGGGCAGUGCCCCCUAGCGUCCACAUGGUAGACGGCAAGAGGAAUCUGGAGAUAUCAGACACAGGCACCCAGUCAGAUAGCGAGAUGUCAACCGGCAGUAUUAGUGGUGCCUCAGACCAAGGCUACACGUCUGACAGCGAACUCUUCAAACACAGGCAGCCUCACCGAUCGAGCAGUGAGCCCGACGUGUCAACCAUGACAGAUGACAGAGUCAUUGUGGUGAACAAUGACAGCACAGUCCGCCACACCCACAACCAUUCCAAAGGCGUUUCCAAGCCCCAGAACCAGUUUGAGAUAGCCUUGGAUCAGACGCUGAGCCACCAUGACACCAAGGCCCUCAUGAAGUGCUGCGAGUCAUUGGCAUUCCUGGUGCGAGACGCCGCCCACGUCACACCCGCCAACUUUGAGUCUUGCGUCCAUGCCAUCAGGAGCUUUGUGGAGGCCACAGUCAAUGGGGGGAAACUUAGACACGAUCGACAAAAGAAACCUGAGCCGACAAAAGACAAGAAAAACUCCCGAAUGUCACGGAAUCAGAGGAAUAAAAAGGGUAUGCCCAAGAUAAGCUCUGUACCCGAAAAGAUCUCGCAGAUGGCAGACGGGGCAGACGAUGGGGAAGAUGAUGGACCUCCUGGAGGCUAUCACUCAUUGUCUAUACAGUUACUGGACCUGAUGCACACCCUCCACACGAGGGCAGCAUCCAUCUUCAGUUCCUGGGCUGAGGAAGAGAAGAAAGGUGGAUCACAGAUGACGAUUGAUGCAGGAGCAAGUGCAUUGUGGGUCAAAUGCUGGUGCCCGCUACUUCAAGGCAUCGCCCGGCUGUGCUGCGACAUACGACGCCAGGUACGCAUGCAGGCCCUGACCUACCUGCAGCGGGCUCUGCUUGUGCAUGACCUGCAGACGCUGUCGGCUGUAGAGUGGGAAUCCUGCUUCAACAAGGUCCUGUUCCCGUUGCUCGCCAAGCUGCUGGACCAGAUCCACCCUCAGGACCCAGUGGGGCUGGAGGAGACACGCAUGAGGGCUGCCACCCUGCUGUGCAAGGUAUUCUUACAGCAUUUGACACCCCUUCUAUCGCUGUCUACAUUCACGGCACUGUGGCUCACCAUCCUGGAUUUCAUGGACAAGUACAUGCAUGCUGACAAGAGUGACCUACUUUAUGAGGCCAUCCCGGAAUCCUUGAAGAACAUGCUUUUGGUCAUGGAUACAGCAGGCGUCUUUCAAGAUGCGGCCGGCUCAGAGCGAGGCCAGAACUGCCAGCUCUGGGUCUUCACCUGGGAGCGUAUUGACUGCUUCUUGCCAGGCCUCAAGAAUGAAGUCUUCAAGCCCCACGAGCCAGUUGUGAGCAAAGAGCCGGCACCAAGCAUGGCCCCUACACCAGAUGACAUCGUUAGAGAUGGCAGUCCAAUUGAAGAGGAGCAAGUUACUGUCAGUGCAAAACCAGAAGAAGCAAGCCCAAAACCUUCAACACAGGAUGCCACCCCCACAAAAGAUGCCCUGCCCACUGUAGGAACAGCAGCCACGCCUACAACCACACCCAGCACCAUUGAGACCAACCCAGUCACCAGCCAGCCCAACAUCAUCCUGCAGCCGCCCCUGCCCUACCUGGCCCCCCUUCCUGGGGCCCAAGAGGCCAAGCCGGGCAGUUCUGUGCCGUUCCUCCUUAAUCCGGCCAUCCUGAAAGGCUCGCCUAUCCCCAUCGUCGCGCCCAUACUCCCGCAGCCCGAAUCCUCCACAACGGGAAGCUCUUAGAUAUUGGCCAACGACCGAGCGGCAAACUCACUCAAGACCUUUUUCCCAAUUGUUUUCAACCAUUGUGUAAGAUUUCAUCAGUCACACCCCAUGGCAAGGGUGCAGCUAUGUUGUAAUACAUCAGUCAAAUAAAGCACAAGUAGGACGAACACAAACUAUCGUUUCUUAAAGCAAGGAGCAGGUUCACUUCGCUGUGCCUUACCUGAAUUGAUUCCUCACUUUAGUAAAAACAUUUCACUCUAAUGACACUGGGUGACAUAUAAAAAUAUUAUGAUUUGAUAGCGGUCAGAGAUUGAAAAAGAUUUGAGGACCAGUGCAGUCAACAAGUGGGCAAAUCUGUUAAAAUUAUUUGAAACAUCAAGGAACUCCUUUAGUCGUUAGCAAUAAUUAACAUCUUUUACGAUCUGAUUACAUUCGUUUUAAUCUCUGGCUUUACAUAUAAACUAAUACCUUGUCAGUUCACGGAUAACUGUAUAUAGAUAGAUCUUCAUCCUUGAAAGAACAGAGAAAGCAUUAAAUCUAAAAAUAAAUUGAACUAAAACCUGUAACAUAAAAAGGUGAUCGAAAAAGAAAUUACUUCACACUUUUGGGGAAUGUAACAAAAAGGUUCAUUUUACCCUUACAAAAACAGCAGUACCAGAUCCAUAUAAAUUGUGGAAAAAUUUGAAGGAUUUGUUUUAUGAUCAUACACUGCUUUAGGAAACCAAAGUUGGUUACUCACAAUUUUCCUUUUCUUUCUGCAUAUGUUAGAGUAAUUGGUGUUAACACUUGUGCAAUGUUGAAUUCUUAACAUCUGUGAUUUUAGACGUUACGCAUUGUUUUACAUGAGAAUCGUUAAUUUAGCUAGAGAUGAAGCUGUGAGUGUGAUGCUGUUGUUUUGCCAACUUUGUUCACUAGACAAAUUGAGUGACGCCCGUGAGAAAAACUGAUGUUGGUGAAAAUGUGUUAAAUAUUUCAUAGUUCUUUUAGACAAAAACAAAAGCUGCAGAAACGUUAAGUCACUUGCAAUGAAUUCAAUGUUACGAGAAACAGUAUUUUUUAAUUAAUCUUGUUAAAUGUGCACGAAAGUCAUCAUCGUGUUCAGCCUUUCAGGUUUAUUUGAAACUUAGGUCUUAUAUUCAAUUGCUAAAAAAAAUCAAGACCAGUGCUGUAACUAUCAUUUGAGAUUAACCCAAAAAGUGGAUAAGUCAAACUGUUUAUCCACUAUAGCUUGUGGUUUUUAUGACAACAUUGAUGUACAGACAAAUUAUGAGGUGUGUUGAAAGGUACGGUAAAGCAAGAGUCAUAGGGUCAUCUUUUUGUCCUGUACUACAACAGACCAAUCAGCUGAGGUGGAAGAGAAAUGAAUCAUGGGAGACCUCCUUCAGUGGAAAACAAUUUCCCAGAUAUUAGUGCGCAUGCUCUGGGGAGAACCUGGGAUAACUCGAGUGCUGCUGCUUAGUGCAUUUGUGCCCAUUCUGAUGAAAGCUUGUGGUACGUACAUUACACCACACACAUAAGAACCAGUGCAUGCUUUCUGUCUACAGUGAAUAGGCCGCACAGUGCCCUCCACGGUCCCACCGUAGAGGCCAUUUGAAGCAUUCCCUUGGUUUCUAGAUUCUUGACAGGAGUAAAGUAAACUCUUGGGCCCAGUAUACAGCUCUUGCUGUGGGCUAAAUCCAUGUUCUGUGGUUGUGUGCCACACUAGGCAACCAUUUUCGGCAGUGUAUUUUGCCUUCAGCAUUGAAUACUGGUCAGUUGGUGUUGUGCAUCGUCUCAAUGAGCUUCAAGCAAUUGUGUCACAUGUUGGCACAGUAUUUGGACACGCAUUUUUGUUGCCAUCACAGAUGGACAGUUUGUUGAGACCUAUCUGUUUUAAACAACGCCUGCACUCUUCCUGGAAAAAAUGCCACUCUCAGGUACAGCGAUUUACGUCAAUUUGAUGACACUGAAUGCAUUUAUGUAAAGAAAAUCAAGAUUUACUGAUUUAUUCAUUGGUAAUGUAAAUGUAUAUAGGGCAUGUUGGCUCUGUCCCGCAAAUUGUCAAUUUUCCUUUGAGACAAAUUAAGAAGGAUCUGAAUACUGUGAAAAAGUCUGGGCAUUGAUGGAACAGACCCAUGGAUGUUGCCCCUAGUUUGCUCAGAGAUAACAUUGGUAAAUGGAUUCCAUGAAUACACACAUGACAGUUGGGCUUCCAGGAAUUGUUGAUGACCAUUUAGCAGUGGUAAAUCAUUUCAAUGAUCACUAAGAUAUCAGACGGGGAUAUUUCUCCCAGUUCACUUACACUGCUGUGAACUUGUUCAGUGAGUGAGACUAUUUGUAUAAAAAUUUGUGCACAUCUUUGACCCUAGAAAAAAAAUCAGAAACCACUUUCCAGCUCGGUUGAUUUAAAAUAAGUGGUUAGAAAAAAAUCAGGCAUUUUUUUAACUAGCGUUUGAAAUUAUGUGUGUGCCCUCUGGCAAGUUGAGGUUGAAUUGGGUUGGUUUGUAGUUGGGGACACGUAGGCAUGUCAUGUAA